AUGACUUCACCGCAAACUUCCACGGCAACGGUCGCAGCUGCCGUAGCUGCGACCGGCAACGAUGGCAGCCCGACCCCCAACAUCGACCUCACCGCCGUCGAGAACCAUGCCGAGGGCGAGGACGAGACGAGGCAGAUGGGCCAAAUGACAAUUCGCGACACCGACCCCCCAGCGGGGAAUAGCGAGAGCGAAAGGGUGCAAGUGAAUGCAGAACACGACGAAGGUGAAGUUGGGCAUGCGCUCCCGCGUGAGACAGCCGACGCAAAUGUUGUCACUUCUAUCGAUGCCACCACAGAGGUCGAGCCCGCCAAUACGAUGGAAGCUGCGCAACCAGAGCUCCCGCCCCUCACCAUGGCUGAGCUGGAGCAAAUGAACCUGGCCUGGGCUGGACCAGACAGCGCGUUCAGUUACAACCUAAAUGGCAUGGGACUCCCGCAAGAUCCCGCGCAAGGCUUGCUUGCCCUCCAGAUGGCUAUGGGUGGUGCGAUGCCACAGCCUUACCUAGAUCCUUCCCCAUACAUGCACGAAAUGGACGAAACCCGCGUUCAAGCGUACGCGAAGCUUGAAUUUGCAGAUGGCGAAUUCUACAUGAACACCUACUCGGUGAUAUUGGGGCGCGAUGUAAGAGCUACCAAAGCUAUUCUACGCCGAGGCCGAGGAGAGGAGCGGCGAAGGCGAGCAGGAGGCUCUGCUGCUCCGGAGCCUAGGACGCCCAAGACGCCUGUACGAGCGGCGAACGGACAAGAGAGCCGGUAUACAAAAUCUAUUGUGAGCGAAAGCGGUGGCAUCCUACGGGAGGGCGAUGAUUCGGAUGAUGAUGAGCGCCAACGACGGAGAAGCCGUAAAGCCAGCAGGGCAAGCAGAAAAUCAAAGUCUACAGGAUCCUCUCAGCAGUUAUCAAGGAGGGGCAGUCUAGCCCAGCCAAAUGGAGUUAUUGCACAACAAACCGAAGCCCCCGCGCGAAGAACUGCGCCAGACAUGGCAGUACCAGUCGAUCCCGAGUCGCUUCGACCUUCACCACAUGACUGCCCUCUGGUAGCUAUCCACCCCGGCGCUACUACUCCCAUAAGCGGUUACAAAUCGAUAUCCCGAAAGCAUGUCAAGAUUGCGUACAAUAGCAAGAAAUAUUUGUUCGAGGCAAAGAUUGUAGGACGGAAUGGAGCGUUCAUUGAUGAGGAGUUUUAUCACUACAAUGACACUAUACCUCUGAAUAGUGGCAGCCGGCUGCAAAUAGGAGGUGUUGUCGUACGAUUUAUCCUACCAGAUGUUGCCGUUGGCGAGACAGGGGCUGAGCGGAGAGCGGAGUACGAGGAGGAUAGUAUGAUUGCUGAUCGCUACUCAGAAGGGGGGAAGGAAAUGAGUUUUGACUUUGAAGAUACACCUCGAGUUGGUGCAAUGGAGGACACCAGUGAAGAACCAUCCCCUGAAAAUGAAAGCGGCGAGGAAGAGGCUCCUGAAAGGGAGGAGGUUGAGGAAGAUCUGGAGGAUGAGGAAGAGGAUGAACAGAGUGAUCAGUCUAUCCGUCCCGAAGCUGAUGAGAGACAACACGAUACAGCCGCUGCAAAUCAAAUUGAUCUGCCUUCUAUGCCUCCGAAAAAGCGUGGCCCAGGCCGGCCUCCUAAAAACGGCAUUAUGUCCAAGCGUGAGCAACAAUUGAUAAAAAAGGAGGCGCUGGCGCGCGAGAGAGACAAGGACGGCGAAAAAGCCUUCAAAACACUCCCAGUGCAAGGCCCUGUUCCUGGCAAGAAUAAAGUUGGCCGACCACGUAAGCACCCCAGGCCAGAUACUCCUCCUGAGCCGCGGGAAAAGAGGAAAUAUACGAAAAGGAAACCGAAGGAGCCGAAAGACGGGGAAGUUAAGCAAGAGGGCUCUGGUGAGGACCAGCCAGCCAAGGAAAAGAAGGACAAGAAGCCUCCCAAACCGCCUCGAUCACCGUCCCCGCAAUUUAACGAAGCGGAGCUCAGUCCAGAACAGCUCGCAAAGCCACAAUCCAAUUAUGUUACCCUCAUCCAUGAGGCUCUGUCAAACUCACCUACUGGCCAGAUGUCGCUACCACAAAUAUAUCGUGCGAUCCAGCGCAAAUAUCCGUACUUCGUCCUCAAAUGCAGUACGAAUGGCUGGCAGAGUAGCGUGCGACAUAAUCUGUCCCAACACCAUGCUUUUAGAAAGGUCGAACGAGACGGUAAGGGUUGGAUGUGGGCCAUAGUUGAGGGUGUUUCUAUUGAAAAGGAAAAGAAGAAAAGAGCUUCGCCGCCUCCUCAAUCACAUCCAGGGCUUAUGCCUCAACAACCGAUGUAUCAAACAGGCCAUCCUCAUAUGAUGCCCGGCUAUCCAUAUGGCCCUGGCAUGAUGGGACCGCCUCCGGGGUACCCAAUGAAUGCUCAUAUGCCACCGAAUUUUCGGCCUGGCCAACCACCUCAGUAUAUGGGUCCUCCACAUCCAAUUAAUGGACAAGCAGUCCCCCCAGUGCCUCAUCCUUCGAAUAACCCCCAAGCUCCCCCUCCUUUCGCAGCAUCAAUAGCUCCUCAGUUGACCGGAUCUACUGGUCCAACAUACAGCUCACCUUACGCACCAAAGCCAGCUGCGUCGAAUCCACCACAGAACGAGCUACCACCCCCACCUCAGCAACCUCAACAACCACAACAACCACCACCACAACUGCAACAGCAACUGCAACAACAGCAGCAGCAACAGCAACAUCAGCAGCAGCAACAACAGCAGCAGCACCAACAGCUGCAACAACAGCAACAGCCUCCCCAGCCUCCGCCGCCUACACCGACCCCUCAGCAACAAACGAGUUCAAUGCAGCCAGCUCCUACAGCACCUCCGCCACCAGGAAGUACAAGAGAACUUAUUGAGCGAUCGGAAAACAUCAAAGAAGCCAUUGAGAAAUUCAAGACGACGCUCAUAAAAUCCCUGAAGGAGACUGGUUCAAGUAAUUCUGAAGCGAUUGUAAAUUCAGCAGUGAACCGGGUGCUAGGCUACUCCAACGAGAGCGCCGUUCCAGGCGAGCCCAAAGAGGACUUGAUUAUGAAUGCAUUAAGGUCGAUGUUGCAGAAUAUUCCUGCACUGAAUUUCAGAUCAGAUACACCAUCUGCGGCCGAGAAAACCCCAGAUCAUACUCACACAAAUGAUCAGAGCUCGCCUCAACCUUUGGCGAAUCAGAACGGGACACAAAACAAUGUAGGUCAACAGCCCUUUAAAACAACUGGCCCCGAAAAGCGAGGACCCAUUAUCACGCGACCAUCAUUCAGCCAAGCCCGUCCAAAUGGACCUUUCGUUCCUAGACCACCAAUGACGACUCCUGGGAUGAAGAGGGCAAACUCUGGAAGUCCCGCCAAUGCGGCAGCUCGGACGAGAGCACCGUCCUCGGCCUCACCUGCACCUCCACCUACGCCAAACUCGACGAAUGGAGCCAGCACACCGCAGCCUCCAGCGAGCGAGAAAGGGCAGCUUCCACCUAACGAAAUGAGGCACACUCCGACGAACGAAACACAACAGCUUGCUGGUCAAAAGCGGGAGAGAACGCCAGACGAUGCAGAAGAUAUGCCGGAGUUCAAAAAGAUCGCUACUUCUGGCCUACCGCAGUUAAAAACAUGA